CGAGAUUUUUAGCUGAAAUAACGUGGAAAACAGUGUUUGAAUAAACACUUGAAACGAAAUUUGACUAUUGUCAAAUUUCCUCUGAUCCAAGCUAUCUUGGAUCGAUUAAAGCGGUUCUGGUCAAAGCGUCUUUGGCGCUUACUGAUCAUUUAAUGGCCUAUAUUCGAUGAUCAUUUCGCUAUCGCUGUCCAUCCAGAAUCUCAUCGCACAAGCAACGGUACAUUAGCGAUCAUCGAUGGACGCUGUGGUGGAGGUUGAAGACGAUCUCGAGGGCACAUUCGAUGAAAAGAAAAGCGGAGUUCUCACGCCGUCCUUCCUGUUUCCUUCAGGUUGGGUCAUUCUUGUCGCCUUCGGUGUACUGCUGGUGUUCUUGAGAAGAUAUUGGGGUCACGUCAAUUCUGUCGGACGCACUAUAACGG